AUGAGGUUUUCUACAGCAUUCACAGCAGCUGCUUCGCUGCUAGCAACCACGACUGCGCAUGGCGGAGUUGAUCAGUAUAUCGUGGGAGACACAACAUAUCAAGGUUGGUCGCCGUAUAACUCAGCUUCUGGUCAAAAGACUAUUCAGCGACAAUACUCAUCCUACGACCCCAUGUACAUCAAGGAUCUCUCUACAGUCAACAUCCGUUGCAACAACAAUGGCGCUCUUGGUACAGGCGUGUCAGGCACCAUUGCCGCGGGCGCAAAGCUGAAGACACACUGGAAGCAAUGGACUCAUAGGCCGACUUCACUUCUCGUAUACAUGGCGAAAUGUCCAGGAUCUUGUGACAGCUUUGAUGGAGCCGGCAAGGUCUGGUUCAAGAUCUUUGAGCAAGGCCUCAUAUCUGGAACUGAAAACGCGGGAAUCUGGGCGGGUGAUGCUAUCCUUGAUACUCUAUAUGCCACGGUCACCAUUCCAGCCACACUCGCAGCAGGCAACUAUCUGGUCCGCCAUGAGCUCAUCGCUGUUCACCAGGCGAAUAACCCACAGUUCUACCCUGAAUGCGCUCAGUUCACCGUAACAGGUUCUGGGACAGCCUCCCCUCCAGCAUCUGCACUCGUAUCUUUCCCCGGUGCCUACACCGGAACAGAACCCGGCAUUGCUUUCAACAUCGACUCCCCCGACGCUAUGAAAGCAACCACAUACCCUAUUCCAGGCCCUGCUGUCUGGGACGGUACGGGAAAUGCUCCUGCCCCGGCGCCAUCUGCUACACCAACAGCUGCACCAGCAUCCCCCACUACCUUGGUAACCAGCGUAGCUGCUGUGCCGACUGCACCUGCAUGCCAAGUAGCAAAGUAUGCGCAGUGUGGUGGUAUGACGUACAGUGGAUGUACGAACUGUGCGAGUGGGUCAACAUGCAAGGCGAAUGGCGACUACUAUAGUCAGUGUGUUUAG